GGUGCUUGCGGAAAAUUUCUGUCAGCGACGGGCGGAGCUAUUGUAAGUUGCACGAAAUGUAAGAUAAGAUUUCAUAAACUAUGUGUUACUAUGGAGGUGUCUGCAAACAUACCAAAAGGUUGGAUAUGCCCCUGUUGCACGGUGAAGCAACCCAGACAGGAUAAUACGAAUACUCCUGUCAAGAAUAUUAAUGUAGAAUCAUCUCCCGAUUUAGAUUCAAUACAAACAGGUACCUUUGCUGAAGUGGGACAGACCGAACUAACAUCACCUGAUGUAAAUAGCAUCGAGUCCGAGUUAUUAUCUGAAAUGCGUGCAUUUCGAAAAGAUCUUCAGACAGUCAGAAAUGAAAUGUCACAGUUGCGCAAUGACAUACUAACGUUGAGAGAAGACAUGCUAUCUUGCAAUAAAAAAAUUGCUUUAGUGUGUGAAAACGUAGAAAAUAUAGAGGGACGCCUUGUGUUACUUGAAGCCGAAAAUAGAAACGUCUCUGAAUUGGAGUCAACUGUAUUGCAAUUACAACAGGAACUAAACGAUAGAGACCAAGAGAUGAUGGCGAAUGAUAUUGAAAUAGUGGGGAUACCAGAGCGAGCUGAUGAAAACCUACUGAAUUUAGUAACAUUAGUUUCUUCUAAAAUAGGCAUGUCAUUCAUGAACGAGGAAAUUGUGGAUAUGUAUCGUGGUGGUCCGCGUCGACUCCUAGUUAACGAGAAAAAUGAAAUACGUCCGCGACCCAUCGUGAUACGCUUUACACGUCGUUCAAUCAAAGAGCGUGUUUUGAAAGAGGCGCGUGUGCGCCGCUCUAUCUCAACGGCUGAUGUUUUUCCAGGUGAAGUGAAACCAAUAUAUAUUAAUGAAAGGUUAACUAAAAGAAAUAAGAUGAUAUUCGGUAAAGCGAAAGAUGAAGGGAGGAAACGAAAUUGGAAAUUUAUUUGGUCAAAAAACGGAAAAAUAUAUGUUCGCGAAAGAGAAGGAAAACAAUUUUACCAUCUGAGAAAGAUGGAGGACGUCGCAAAGAUUUUUGGCGGUACCGGGUCUACCGGUACACCUUAAUCUUGUUAUUAUUUUGUUUCUUGUUAUCAUUGACUCUAUACUCCACAUCUAUUAGGUUAGCAAGUUUAUUUUGUUUAUAUAUACAGACACCAUUUAUAAUUCUCUAUCUAGCACUAAGAAUCAUGUUUAUUUAGUAUUUCACAGUGACAGUAUCAAGCGGUUUUUUAGGAUUGAAUUACCUAGAGUAUUUUUAGUUUUUUACAGAGCUUAAAGGCAAAGUUAAUAGUUUAAUUUUGGGACUAUUAAAUAUUAGAUCAAUUAAUACAGGUGUUGACGAAUUAAAGUAUUCUAUAGAUAGGUACACUCCGGAUAUUUUAGCCCUAAACGAAACGUGGUUAAGAGAGGGCGAGGAGACUUGUGCUCCGGUUAUCCCGGGAUACACACUAAAACAUGCGUCACGAACUGGAGGUAAAAGAGGUGGCGGUGUGGGCUUCUUUGUAAGAAAUGAACUACGUGCUCGGAUACGCCCGCAUCCUUCGGCUUCAAUCGAACAACUGUGGUUGGAACUAUCAUUACCUGGAGGACUGCAAAUAGCUAUUGGUACAAUCUACAGAA